AUGGCGUCCCACAGACACCUUUACUGGUGGAUGUGCGUGGGCUGCGUGGUCUUGUCCGUUGUCCUUACAGCCUUUCCGGCAAACCGAUGGAGUUGGCAUCCCCAGGAGAACAGCGAAGAGUCUGGGUCCAUGGAUGUGAAUUCCAUCAACAAGGGCAGUUUCACGGUAGCUGUCUCUGCUGCUUUCUCCGAGGCAGAGUGUGAGGAGCUGCUCCGCUUGGCCGGGCCUGGAGAGGAGGCAUUGGUUUCUGGAAAUCAAGGUCCCGGAUAUUUCAAAGAGGAGGUGCGUGUGGCGAAGAUGUAUACCGUGAAUCCAGAUGAUGCUAGGUUUCAAUGGGUGUUCAAGCGUCUUUGGCAGAUUGCGACCGAAACAAACCGGUUGCACUGGAAGCUGGGACGCUUGAAGUUCAUGGAACCACUGAAUCUGGUGAGCUAUACUGCCGCAGAAGAUGGUGAUGUCAAUGGCCACUAUGAUUGGCAUGCAGACUUGAUGCCUGGUGCUGAAUCGGAGGGGCGACUGCUAUCUCUCUCCGUCCAGCUCUCCAGGGGGAGUGACUAUCAGGGAGGUGCCCUGGUCGUCGGCACCGAGGAGUCCUCGCGUGGCCUGGGCGACGCAGUGACAUUUCCCUCUUACAUGGCUCACUGUGUUCUCCCAGUCUCCAAGGGAGUCAGGCACGCUUUGGUUGCCUGGGUGCGUGGCCGGGUGAACAGCGACCUGGCAGAUGCUGCACAAGCUGCGCACCGACGCGCCAUCGCCGAUGGCUCCAAGUCGCUGAAGAUCGAGCGACCUGCGAAGCGCGCUCAACUGGCUCAGGCAGCUCUCGGCUUGCAGCGCAUCUACGGCAACCACUUGCUACACAUCGGCCGGCACCGGGAGGCGGCCGAUAUGCUGCGCGCCGUGGCGCAGCAGGAUCCUUACAGCCCCGGUGCUUUGAACAACCUGGCAGUGGCAGAGUACCAGCAGGGAAAAUUGCAUGCGGCAAUUGAUGCCCUCCUCUAUGCCGUGAGUCUACGUCCGAACGAUGGCGAAGUGAGAGCAAACCUGGGACGGUUCUUUUUCCUGGAUGGCCGCCUUCCGUUGGGGACGUAUCACUUGGCCACGGCCGUGACUCUUUGGCACCGUUCGGCAAUAAUGCUGUCCCUCUUCUGUAUGACGGCAUACUGUAGCGUGUGCAGUGCAUUUUGGUGCUGCUGCCUGACUGCUCUCGGCUGGCCGAAGCCGCGAUCGUGCGACGACCAGGAGGAGGCAUCCACAGACCCGGACACAUCGGAGGAUCAUGAGCUUGCAACUGCAAAUGUGCAGGAUAAAAAAGGCAGACUGGGCAAGAGCGAGCUCAGCGCUGAGCCAUACGGCCCCAGGCACCAGGCACCGUCAUUCGAGGCUGUGAAAGCCAUAGACAUCGGCAACAUGAAGAAUCCCACCAGGUUCCAGCGCGAGAUCAACAUCGCACAGAAGCUCGACCAUCCCAACGUAGUCAGGCUCUACGAGACGUUCAGAGACGCUCGGAAGAUAUACUUGGUCAUGGAGCUCUGCACGGGUGGAGAACUCUUCGACCGCAUAGUGGACGAGGCGCCAAGCGGGUUUGAUGAAGCACACGCUGCAAAGUACAUACGGCAGAUUCUGUCUGCGAUUUGCUACCUUCAUGCCCACAGGCCACCCCGUGGUGUAGUCAAAAGUACUGAUUGGAAUGGCAGCAGUCGCUCCUUGAGCGUGUUUAAAAAAAAGAAGAUUGCUUCAAAUAAAAAGUGUCAGUGCCGAGUGCUUGGCUCGCUUUGCUUGACAAUGGUUGUGUGCAAGCCGUGUGUGUUGAAGGCGACCGUGGCGUCCCCUCCAUGA